UGGAUUUAAGAUUGUAGGAAUGAUUGAUGCAGAUUGCAGACGCUAUUUUGUAAUAUCUUCAUAAAUAUAAAUACAAUUUUGAAUAAAACUUUAAAAAAAAAUGAACGCCCUAUGGAGACGUGGUCACCUACCACAUUACCUUUAUGGAGUAUUAUGCAAAGAAAUUAUUAGACCCGUAACCUCACUUAAUAUCAGCUGUUUGUGCAAUACUUUGGAAGCAAGAACAGAUGUAAAAACUUUAAAACCAUGGACUUUAUCUUAUAAUGUUAUUCGUCAUAAAUCCAAAAAGCAAAAAGAUGAGGAUUCAGAUGAUGAGGAUGUUGAUAUAUUUGAUGGCGAUUCAUCCCUGACAAAGGAUUCAAAAGUUGUCAAACUCAAAACAACUUCUCUGAGAAUGGAUGCUAUACUUAAAUCCACUUUAGGAGUAGCAAGGAACAAAAUAGAAAAAUUAUUUUAUGAGAGCAAAAUAAGAGUAAAUGGUAAAAAGAUUUUGAAGAAAAGUAUCCCUGUACGGGUAGAUUAUGAAAUAGAUGUCAUAAAAAGUGUCAGCCCCAAAAAUCCAGAUCAUUUAUAUGUAGCAAGAGUUGAAAUACUAAGCAUAGCUGCCAAAGAAGAUAGCAUAGCAAUUACAGCAAGAAGAUUCAAGAAUCUGCUAAUAGAGAAUUAUGAAACAGACCCAUAUAAACCUUCAACAGCUGAUGAAGAUAAAUGAAAAUCAAAAGUAAUACAUAACAAUUUUUAUUUUUAACAGUAAGUAGAUUAAGCAUUAAAUAUAAACAUAAAAGAAAGUUUUACUUGUCUUUUUCUUAUAUAAUCAAUACCUUAUUAACAUGAUAAUACAAAACUUAAAACA